AUGGCUCCCACCGCGCAAGAUGAGGCCGAAAGCGCGUGCCCAGAGGAUGGCGACCUCGGAGACCUGAUGCCAGAGCUGCUGGUCGCCGUGGUGCACAUCGUGCGCGCGCGCGGCCGCGCUACGCUGGACGAGGACCGGGGGAACAUGAAGCGAGUGGCGCUGAACGAAGGCAAGGUGAUUCACUGGCAAUAUUGCUGGACUGACAAGGAGGAUUAUGCGGCUGCUGGGCUUGGCGAGCUCGACAUGGAGUUCUUCUCGCAGUGGCAGGAGAAGAGCGUUCCGGCGGAAUUUCGGCGGGAGAAGGGCAAAGACAAGGGGUCGGGGGGUUUUCUAGGGGGAAAAGGGAAAGUCGUGCUAGGGGCAGAGAACCGACCGCUGUUUGCCCGGCGUGCCGCGUCCGUGAAAGCCUGCGAGAACCUGGCGAAAUUCCGCCAAGAACUGAAGCCGCCCACCAAGCGCCGUCUGAAGGAUCAGGGGGGUUUUGGAACUGGGAAAAUGGAACCCCCCAGGAAAGUUAGAAUCGCUGAUCUUGCCCGGGGGAAAGGGGCUUCGGUCGCUGUGGAGCUUCACCUGCGCUGCGACGACUUCGAUGGAACGACCGGGACCCUGACCGGGAGACUUGAAUUAGUGGGCGAGAGUGACGGUCAUAAUGAUGAGAAGUAG